AUGACCCUCCCCUCGGCUGGCGAGGCCGUACCCGGCGUACCCGGGGCCCGCUCCGGCGGGACGCUGGGAUCCCACUCCAGCAGAGCGCUGUCGCGACAGCCAGGGACAGAGUUUUCAUUACAGAUCUUUACCAACCAUAAGAAACCUCUAUCACAACUUCAUUGUAAGAUGAUGUCAACUGAAACUGUUGCUUUGGGAAUUCACAGGGUCAAUGAUUUGAAGACUGGUACGCUGGUAGGAAUUGACAAAUAUGGAAACAAAUACUAUGAAGACAGAAGAAACUUCUUUGGUCGUCACAGAUGGGUCAGCUACACUAAUGAAAUGAAUGGCAAAAAUACGUUUUGGGAAGUUGAUGGAAGUAUGGUGCCCCCGGAAUGGCAUCGCUGGCUUCACUCAAUGACAGAUGACCCUCCAACUACUCAUCCACCAGUCGCUCGUAAAUUUAUCUGGGAGAACCAUAAAUUCAAUCUGAGUGGCACUCCUGGACAGUACGUACCUUACUCUACUACUCGCAAGAAGAUACAGGAGUGGAUCCCACCUACAACAGCUGGCAAAUAACAAAAUAUGUGACUUGCCUCAGCUUUGACUUUCAGUGCAAAUUGUAUUUUCACUGGGUUUGCUCAAAAUAAAAUCCUCCUAUGA